AUGGGUCUUCUUGAGAGCCUCGACGCCGGCGUGACCGGCCUUCUCGGCCAAUGGAACGCCUACUCGACCGGGCUGAUGACGCUGCUGGUGGCUGUCAUCACUUACCGCAUCAUGUCGUCGCGCGACCCGGACGUCCAUCCAAUGCUGCUGGCCAGGCAGUCAGUUGCCUCGAUGGUCCGCAACGAAGGCGAGAGCGCCGUCUAUAGAUCGCAGGCGGCGCCUCACGGCAUGUUCCUGUGUCCCGGACUCAAUGUCAAGGAUCCCGGUGUGUCCAAGUGGUCCCGCGGCCGGGAUGGCGACCUGCGAGAUAUCUGGCGCAGGGCCGCCUCCGGCGGUGACGGCGGCUCGAUGGGUCGCGUCUUGACCGUCCUGGGCUCCGAGAACGUCGUCGAGCACAAGCUAGAGGACAUGACGAGGCAAAUCACCAUCAUCGGCCGCCACAUUGCAGACCAAGGCGGCAUCAAGGUGGCCAUAUACCUGCCUAACUCGCUCGAGCUGCUGGUCGCCCUGCUGGCCUGCAGCUUCUACCCGAAUCUGACGACUGUCCUGAUUCCGUUUGACGUCCCCGGCGACGAGCUCAUCUCUAUGCUCAAACGGUCGGCCGUCGACACUCUUGUCACCGCCCCGGGGGCAUUUCCGUUCGAAGCCGUCGUCAAAGCCCACCCAUCGCUUAGGCAGCUCAUAUGGGUCGUGGACGAAGGCAGCAGCCACAUGGACUGGAACGAGGUUCCCGAGGGUACGGGCGGCAGCGUCAACGUGGCGACUUGGCAGGACAUCAUCAACGAGUCUGCGGCCUCGGUCGGCUCCGAGCUGCCGGCCCUCGAUCUCGAUCACAGCCCCCAGGAUGUCGUCACCUUCUGGCAGUCCAAGCCAGGCCAACUGCAAGAGAUGGAGAGAAUCGGCCCGUCGGACCUCUUCCUGCCGGCCGACUCGCUGGCCAACAUCCAUACACUGGUGCUGACCCUUGCAGCCCUCUACUCCAACGCUUCUGUUGCGCUCAAUUCGGUGGCUGGCCGAUCGUCGGACCUGGUCCUCGCAACCCAAGGCGUCGCCCCUACGGUGCUCGUCGCCAGUCCCGGCACGCUUCUCAAAGCACACGAGGAGUCGAUGGGCAAGCUCGGGUCCCCGCUGGCAAGAUUGUCGCACAGCCUGUCGACGCGCUCCCUCGCUCAAGACGGCGUCCUCUCGCCCACCAACGCCCUCUCAGCGUUUGCUUCGCAGGCUCGGCCGGCGAUCGGCAUCACCCCAGGCAAGCUUCGUCUUGUCUACGUGGCCGAACGGGCCGGGGCCGACACUCCUUACCUGUCGUCCCAAGUGCUCUCUGACCUGCGCAUCUUGACCGGGGCCAGGGUCAUCUACGCGCUGGCAGCAGCGCGGGUUGCGGGGGCGGUCAGCCAAACCGCCCUUUUCGACUACAGAAUCGACUCCAGCGGCAAGGGCCAUUUCGGGGCGCCGCCCACGAGCGUUGAGGUUUUGAUGCGGGACAAGGGCGUUCACAAGACAACGGACGAAACGGUCGAGGGCGAGAUAAUCGCCCGCGGGCCCUGCGUUUCGGGAGGGGAGGCCAGCAUAGGUGUCAUGGGCAAGGUUGGGGUCGACAACACGCUGUCGUAUGCUUGA